UUGACAGUCGAGUCAAAUUGAAGAGGUUGUUACGAUCUGUAUAAAAAACGUCAGUUCUGGCUCACUGAACGCCGGGCCAUGUUGUUGUCACGGUUACUAUGACAACGGCUCCAGAGGGUUUCAUGCUUCCCCCGGUCAGGCUACUGAUCACCUCCCCGCGGGCACUAUUGAGACACCGACUACCACAGCAUCACAGUGCGUGCACCCAUGUCCAAAUCUAAGACACCUGGAAACAGAAGUUCCACAGAUUCUUCGAGAGACGAAGAAGGGGAGGACAGAACUAUAUAUUUCAAGUGCGGUCUCCACAACACCAUCCUGGAUGUCCUCCGUCAAAGGCCUGGCUGGAUCGAAGUGAAAGAUGAUGAUGAGUGGGACUUCUACUGGUGUGAAAUAGGAUGGCUGAGAGAAAGCUUCGAUCAUACGUACCUCGAGGAGCACAUGAGGAUUAACCACUUUCGAAAUCAUUAUGAGUUGACUCGCAAGAACCUCAUGGUGAAGAACCUCAAGCGCUACCGGAAGCAACUUGAAAGAGAGUCUGGUGCUGCUGAUGCAAGCGGCUGUGAUUUUUUCCCGUGCACCUUUGCCAUGCCCAACGAGUACCAUGUGUUUGUGGAGGAGUUCAAACGAACGCCUGGCAACAUUUGGAUCAUGAAACCGGUGGCAAAAUCUCAAGGGAAGGGGAUUUUCCUUUUCCGCAAGCUGAAAGACGUCAUGGACUGGAAAAGGAAUGGCGUCCGCUCAGAUGAGGACAAAGACGCAGCGCAUGUGGAAAGCUAUGUAGCUCAGCGGUAUAUCGAGAACCCCUACUUGAUCAAUGGAAGGAAAUUCGAUUUGAGAGUUUACGUCCUGGUAACAUCUUAUGUUCCAUUAAGAGCGUGGCUGUAUAGAGACGGCUUCGCCCGCAUCUCCAAUACCCGCUACUCCCUCAGUAGUAUUGAUGACAGAUAUAUGCACCUCACUAACGUUGCAGUUCAGAAAACAGCGCCUGACUACGACCCUGAAAAGGGAUGCAAGUGGCAUAUGCAGCAGCUCCGCAGCUACCUGACGGCCAAACAUGGCCGAACCACUGUGGAAACUUUGUUUAAAGAGAUGGACAACAUCUUCAUCCGCAGCCUGCUUAGUGUCCAGAAGGUCAUCAUCAAUGACAAGCACUGUUUCGAGCUCUAUGGAUACGACAUUCUGCUGGAUCAGAACCUCAAGCCGUGGUUGAUCGAGGUGAACGCUUCGCCCUCUCACACGCCAAGCAGCCGGGAGGAUUACCAGAUGAAGUGCAGGCUGUUGGACGACACGCUGAAUGUGGUCGACAUGGAGGGAAGGUUGACUGGCAAGGAGAAGCGAGUGGGUGGUUUUGAUCUCAUGUGGAACGAUGGUCCGGUUUAUAAAGAGGACACCCAGCAGGACACGCUGAGCAGCACGCUGACCUCCAACACCCACUUAGGAUGCACCAACGACAGAGACAAGCAGCUGAGUCGCCUUUUCAAUCCAUUCCCAUGUCAGAAGUCCACUUCGAAUUGAGGACCCACUCAGCAAUUUUUCUGCAUCAAAGGUGGCAGCCCUAUCCUCAUCUCUAAACAUCCAACUCUUCCCCUAAACACAUCUAUCCUUUUCCACAUUUCAUCAUCAACAGAGCCAAAUUGAAUUUUGGUGCAAAACAUUUAUUUUAAUGCCUUACAAAUACUCGCAUUCAACACUGAGAAGUACACACCGCCUGCAUGUCCAUGAAAUGUACAGUUCAACAGUAACAGUGCCACAGCGGCUCAUUAUUUAUGGCUUUGACACUUCAUAACAGGUCGGAUGAGACCAGGUGGCGCUCUUGUUAACCAAGUUCACACCACACAGAACAGAGAAGACACAAUGUAAACAGAACGCUGAGCAGUUUUCAAGUAUACACUUGGAGAUGUUUCAAAUGACCCAUAUUUUAAGCAGUGAAUUCAGUCACUGGCUUGAGCAGCGUCGUGCAGCACAACAGAGCCACUCCACUACAGGUUGUUUUUUUUUUUGUGCAAGACAAUGUAAACAUGAAAGGUGAUGAGUACAAUCCAACAACAAACACGUAUCCAUAAAUAUAACUAUGGCUUAUAAAAUCUGGAAAAAUAUGCAUUUACAUUUGUAGCAAACCUCACACAGUCCUCAAUGGUACAAAGAGCUCGGCUCUAUGCAAAAAACAUCAGAUUUUCAGAGACUACAAUUCAGCUGUUGAAACAUGGAAAGCCCUUGGAACCAAAAGUGAAAGAAUCUCGCUGAAACAAAGGGACAAUCACAGCAGCAGCCGAGAAAAGAAACGAAGCACCAAAGAAAGAUACAAGCAGCAUGAAGUCAAAGUCAUACAACAAAUACAUUCCAGUAUCUAGAGCUCUACCAGUCGCAGGAAUGUCUGACAUUGAUAGCUAUCGGCAUUCACUUCAACAUGAUCACAGCUGGGAUAUUGUUUACCUAUAUAUCGUUGGUUGGUUAGUAGAGGCAUGAUGACAGCAUUUUUUUAGGAUGAGAUUAUACAUUUGUUUUGAAUUUUGGAAUGUCUGGCCUCCACUUUCUUGGUGAAGCAGCAAUAAGGUGCAGGGGUAACAGUUACGUGCUCAAAAUAAAGCUGUGGUUUACAGAGCAGGACUUGUGACUUGAUCCCUACAGCCGUGGCUUUUGAAAGUGCAACGACUUUGAUGAAAAAUUGCUACUCACUCUAGCAGAAGUAUGAUGAAGUUUGAGUGUAUUAUUUACAUGACCUUUCUAUUCAAGACUGACCGAAGAGACGCUAGCCAUAAUGACGUGAAAUUGAUGUCCCACCAGCUCCAGCUUUACGGUGUCCGUUGUUUGUAUACUGUGUAUACUCUCUUGUAAUUAAAAGCCUUAUGUAGUGUGAUGCAUCCCGUCCACUGGAGCCAGGAGUGAAUCUAAUUUUGCCUUUGUUUUUGGAGUAACGAAUAAACCACUAUCUUGUUUGUCCAACUUAUUUUUCUGCCUC